CAGGCCCGCAGUGACAAAUUUCACUCUUGGCCAUGGCUUCUGACUACGAGGACCUCCCGGAGACUCCAGUCGUUUCUCGACGGAUCAUCAAACUCACCCGAAAAAAAAACGCAUCCUCCAAAGUCUCUGACUCAAGCACAACUGGCGGGAAGACCAAGAAAGGCCGCAACGAUGAAGUGGAUGUGGAAGACGAAAUCUCAAAACUUCCAGAGAAGUCUCCACUUGUAAAAUCCUUGGAUAUCUCGAAAAUCCUGGGGAAAAUGAAGAAUCCGUCAAACUACAGCGGGUAUUCGACAAACUCGAGCUUCAAUGGGAACUCAAACUCGAACAACAAUUGGAAGACAGAGAGCUUGUUUGAUGACAAUGGCCAAGAUGAGCUUUUCCCUGAUUUGAAUAUAGAAGAACAGCUAAAGAAAAAGAAAGAGCGUCAGCGGGAAAUACACAAGCAAAAGGAAAAGGCAAAAGCUCUCGAGAGGGAUAACCUCUUACGUGAUAAAGCAACCAAGAUUGAAGAUCCCAACCCACAAUUAUAUCCCUCCUCGUCCCCGGCUAAGGAACUGUCACCAGCAGUGCCCACACUUCCCUCUCCGUCGCCUGCUUCUCCUCCACCAGCUCCCGUGAAGAAAAGAGGACGUCCGAGAAAAAACCAACCUAAAUCGCAGGCUGAUGUGAUCAAGAAGGACGUGCCAAAAAAGAAAGAACCAAGCAAGCAAAAGAAAGAGCCUUUAAAGGUGACGACCAGGAAGAGGAAAGUGCAAGCAGAAGAUGAACAGAGUGAUGAGAAGCCGGCUGCGCCUAAAAAGCCUCGUUCAAAGGGCAACAAAAUGGAAGUCUUAAAACCCACAAAGAAAGCCAAAAAGCCGAAAAAAGAUACUUCUUCCUCCUUUUCCUUAUUUGAAGUGUUGGAUUUUGAUGAUAACCAAAGGACGAGCGAGGAAGAGCAAGAAAUCAAUGGCUCUUAUAGUGGUUACGAUGCUGCCAAAAACAGUGAUGAUGUGUUUGUCCUUGAAUCUCCUGUCAAAAGAGGCAGAAAACGGAAAAAUUUGAAGUCUAGUGAGAGCAAAGAACCCAUAUUCACGCUGGAUAUUAGCGAAAGAGAUUCUGAAGAAAAGAAGAAAAUAGCUGAACAGGAGGUGGAGCGUUUGAAAGAGCAAGAACGACGAGAAAUUCUCGCAGAGAUAGCCAAGCACGAAAAAGAAGAAAAGGAACGUCUGCGGCAAGAACGUGAAGCAAGAGUAGAACAGGAAAAACUCGAAGCAGAAGAGGAAAGGCAGAAGCUCAGAGAAACCAAACGUAAGAAGCAGGCAGAAAAGCAAAAGAAGGCUAAGAAGUUAGAAAUGUUGGAAAAAAUCAAAGAGUCAACCUCUUCAAUCAUGAGUAAAAAGGUGGAGACUAUCAUUAUUCCUUUGAAAGACACCGUCGAAGAUACUUCAAACAGUAACAUAAAGCUGCGCAGAUCUUCCCUUACAGCUCGUGGUAGAAGGCUAUCAUCGGUUGGUAAUGGGUUUGUUGCAACUCCGCACGAUGAUAUUCCAAAUAAUGAGUUGCAUAAACAUAUAGAUAUGUCCUUGCCAGACUCCCAUAAGCUCAAACAGCUACUCGUGUGGUUGGGUAAAAGAUUAAUAAAGCAAGGCUGGGGUGAUGAGUUCGAGAACGAGCAAGACGAUGACGUGAAGAUAAAAGCAAAAAUGAUUUGUCAAAUAAUUUUAGAAGAAUUUGUAAACGAUCUAAUUCAGGGACGAGUUGAUGUUGAUUGGUGGGGAAGCACUAAAACUGUCAGAGUUGCAAAUGAGCCUAUUAUUGUCCACAAAAAUAAAGAGAAUGUGGAAAAUGAAGACAAAUUGGCUUUUUACGAAAACGAGGCCAAGAAAUUAGAGAGAGAGGAGAAGAUUUGGCAGGAGCUGAAAGUGAAGAAUAUGAGUACCGAGCACGAUCUAAUUCUGAAGGAAAUACAGUCAGCUCAACCUAGCGUUGUGACGGAUGAAAGGUUUAAACCUGAAGAGAACAAGAAACUGCAAGAUCUCGUUGAGAUUUCCGGUGGGCGUGUGAAUAAGCUCGAACGUCUCGUCCACCGCUUGCAGGUUAGCAACGAACUGAUUCAGCGGAUAAUGAAUCAAAAGAAUGAGCUGGUCGCACAGCAGAUCAAGAAGCAGAGCCGAAUUGAUGCACUGGACUUGUUGCGCAAGGCAUAACUGUAGAAAUACUGUAUUAUUAUAUUGUUGUUAUUAAUUUUGUACUAUUCCUGUAAAUGUAUAUUAGCUGUGAU